AGAUUUCGAUUUUUUUUUCUUACACCAGUAUGAUUAUUUAGUUGUCAUUGGACACUACCGCUACUUAGAGAAGUUUACGCCAUAUCUCUUCGCCAAUCAAGGCAUUGUCUACUAGUACUACUAUACUGUACUUGCGGAGUCCUGUUAUGUUCUGCCAUAUUAUUAAUGGAUCCGUUUUGGCGCCCUUUUCAACUUCGAUGGGCCUAUAAAUAUACGCGUACAGAGGGACACGAUGCUGCUCAAUUGCCGCGAGCUAUGUACUUGAACACGUAAGGUUCAUCGUUAUCGAGAUACCUGAAUUCAAGCAAGGACCGACAAAAUAAUCUCCAACAUGAACUACUUUAGCAGAGCGGCGGCCUCGGCUGGGCUACCCCGACCAUCCGAAGAAGUCGGCUACUUGAUCUACUGUCCAACUAUGGAAGAAUUGGAAGACACUUGUAUGAAGGAAUUGGACCCUGAAAACGACUUCGAGAAAGAUGAUAAACUUCACUUGCAGACUAUCAUUGCACGAUCAAGAGUUAAAGCAGAUGAAUUUGCAACCAUGAGACAGAGCAUGACAUCGAUAGCAGGGGAGUUACACUUGGAAGGGGCAUCAUCCAGCCACCAAGGUCACCAUGAAGCAAACCGUGUUUUAAGAGCAGAGGGUUGUAUUAACGCGGUCCGUUCAUCAAGUUCACCUCAACAUCUGAGUAGUGACAUAUUGAAUCAAAACUCGUCACAUCUUGGGGAUAGUACCAAGGUCAGUACAUCAAGUUCAUCCCAACAGCUAGGUAGUAACAUCGUGCAUCAUUCAAGCUCGUCUCAGCAUGAAGGUAGUAUCAACGGGGUCCGUCCAUCAAGUUCGCCUCAACAUCUGAGUAGAAACAUAGUGAAUCAUUUAAAUUCGUCACAUUUUGGGGAUAGUACCAAGGUCAGUACAUCAAGUUACUCGAGUAACAUCGUGCAUCAUUCAAGCUCGUCUCAGCAUGGAUGUAGUAUCAACGGGGUCCGUCCAUCAAGUUCGCUUCAACAUCUGAGUAGAAACAUAGUGAAUCAUUUAAAUUCGUCACAUUUUGGGGAUAGUACCAAGGUCAGUACAUCAAGUUACUCGAGUAACAUCGUGCAUCAUUCAAGCUCGUCUCAGCAUGAAGGUAGUAUCAACGGGGUCCGUUCAUCAAGUUCGUUUCAACAUCUGAGUAGUAUAGUGAAUCAUUUAAACUCGUCACAUCUCGGGGAUAGUACCAAGGUCAGUCCAUCAAGUUCCUCUCAACAACUAGGUAGUAACAUCGUGAAUCAUUCAAGCUCGUCUCAGCAUGGAGGUAGUAUCAACGGGGUCCGUCCAUCAAGUUCGCUUCAACAUCUGAGUAGUAUAGUGAAUCAUUUAAACUCGUCACAUCUUGGGGAUAGUACCAAGGUCAGUACAUCAAGUUCAACCCAACAACUAGGUAGUAACAUCGUGAAUCAUUCAAACUCGUCUCAAAAUGGAGGUAUUAACACGUUCAGUCCAUCAAGUUCACCUCAACAUCUAAGAAGUGACUUGGUGAAUCAUUCAAGCUCGUCUGAAGACAGUAAGGGAACAGUGGUUGAUCAAUCACGUCAAGUUAAUCCUAUGUGUACCCAGAUCAGUGUGUGUACCGCCCGGACGUCCCAUCACCUAGGACUGUCGGUAGAAGAUUUAACCGAUUGUUCUUGCAAUACGUGUGCGAUUCUGAAUGUAAACGAAGCUCUCCGUGCUCGUAAAAGAUCAAUUGAGGGUGCGAUGGAGAAUGUUCGGAAGUGUUCCUUUUGCAACAAGGAAUUCAAAUACCGUGUUCACCUUGAGCGCCACUUACGAACCCACACCGGGGAGAAACCUUUCAAAUGUUCACUCUGCGAUAAGACGUUCGGGCAGAAGGAGAGUCUUAAGAGUCAUUUCGUAACGCACACGGGAGACAAAUUGCACAAGUGUGGCAUUUGUGAGAAGCGGUUCCCACAGGCGACAGGUCUUCAUUACCACAUGAAAGUUCACAAUGGAGAGCGCCACCACGAGUGUCCUGUCUGCAAGAAGAAGUUCAUUGACAGAAGAGGAGUCAAAAGACACAUGAUAACGCACACUGGGGAGAAACCCGUUGAAUGUUCUAUAUGUCAGAAACGGUUCACGCAAAGGAAUGCUCUUACAACGCACAUGCGGCAUCACACAGGAGAAAGACCUUUUGAAUGCUCGGUUUGCCAGAAGAGAUUUAUGGCGAAGGUGCAUCUCACCUCGCAUAUGCGCUCUCACACCGGUGAAAAGCCGUUCAAAUGUUCCGUGUGUGAUAAACAUUUUCCACAUCCUGGUAGUGUUUCUGUUCACAUGCGAACACACACAGGUGAACGGCCAUACGAAUGUAAAGUAUGCAAGAAAAGGUUUACACAGAGUUGUACUCUUUCAAGGCAUUUGAAAACUCACCAAAAUGAAGAGGAGGAAACUAAAUCAGAUUAACUAGAACUGAAUUUAAUAAUAAUGUAGUUUUUAUAUAGCACAUUUUAUACCUGUAAGGUUUCGCUUUACAGAAAUAAAAUUAUACAAAUAUAAAUUAGAACAGUGUAAAAACGCUUAAAUAACAUCAAUUAAUCAAUUGGCUAAAUUAUACUUCAUUAAAAAGACACGUCUUAAGUUCUUAUUUAAAUUCAGGCAGCCACCAGCUAGGGGUGUUUCAUGAAAGUUAUAAAAACUGACUCAUUGUCAGUGCUGACAAUAUCAGUGAAAUCCUUGGUUUUGAUUGGCUGACAGGCACUGGCCUCUCACUGUUACCAUAGUAACUAUCGGAGAAAUACAACAUGUCAGUAACGACUUUUAUGAAACGUCCGCAGUAUUCUUGGCCGAGCCGACCGUAAUAAUCCGUUCGAAUAAUGAGAACUAAAAAAUUUUAUUAUGUGUACUUACAACAGGUCAUAUAACUCCAUUAUUCAAGAAAACAUUCGUGUAAAUGCAGAUAGAAUAACUAUGGAAGCUAAUUUUCAGUAUUUUAGCUGUAAGAUAAACGAAUGUUUAAGUUUUGUAAUUGGUUUCGAUAUUUUUAUUUUAAUUUGUAAUCCCAUCACCCAAAUGACACACUUCUCGAAUACCCCAAAACGGACCAACCGUCUCGUCGGAAUAGGUUCGGAUACACGUAGAAUAAGCAUAUUCCCGAUGUUUAUUUGAAAGAUUGCUUAAUUGUAGUUUAAUGAAGAAUCACGGAAUAUAUUCACUUUACACAUAAUAGAGAUUUACGCUUGACGAUCGAUGCACGACGAAUUAACGAACAUAGAAAAUGUAUUGCCAAAUUUCCUUCAUGACAAACGACAUUAAUCAAGAAUUUUCUGUCGAAAAUGUAUGAAUUAAAACAGUAGUUUUGUCUUAACCCUG